UUGAAAAUAGGACGCUUUUAGGAACACACCCACACGCGCUGACCUAACGUACGCUUUCAAAAUCAAAUAAUCCCACUACUUUACUGCUGUUUACAGCUAUUUUAAUGUACACCUGUCAAAAAAUCUUAUCAGUGCCCCCCAAAGAAAAGAACCGAAAUACCAACUGACCGUUGAAAUUUUAAUUAUCGUAGAAUCUAUUCACUGUUGCUAUUGACUACUUUUUUUUGGCUAUAAAAAGCGCGGAAUCGGUAGGCUUUCCACUCAGUUCGAGUUGUGUCUGCGAAACGUUCAACAUGAGAUUCAUUGGAAGUGUCUGCCUGCUGGCCAUGGCCAUCUUUCUGCUAGCCAGCGUGAAUGCUCUACCAGUCCAAGUGCAGUGCAAUGAUGGCAGCAAUGGAACUCAAACCCAGACCUCGGCAGAUGGCCAACAGACGCAGACACAAACUGGACCCGGCUGCCAAACACAAGUCUCGGGAGAUGGACAGCAGAGCCAGAGCCAGAAUCAAACAGGCAAUGGCACCCAUACCCAAACACAGUGCAGCGGCUCCGAUUGUGCACCACUGCCGCCCCUCUUCACACUGAAGCCACUCGAAUGGAACACCAUGAAACCUCUCGAAUGGAACACUUUUGCACCACUGCAGCCGUGGAAUUAGAUAUAGACUUUGGCAUGCCUUACAUCUGUCUGAAUUCCUGCCAUUGUUGAAUAUACACAAAAUAUGUUUUAAUUCUCAACUUACUUUGAUCGACCUUGAGACAAGCUAUAUAACUGAUUAUAAAAUCUAGCUAUCAUAGAGAUAGUUAGUUACCAACAUUUAUUUAGCUCGCUUCAAGCUGUCAUGAGUUGAGCCUUAAGCUGUCAGCAGAUAUAAUUGUAUUCAAUUAAUAAAAUAAAUCUAGUUUAAGGCUGUCAAGCCUUGAAACGCUUUGUCAAAUA